UGUUCGCGUGAGGGAAUUUUCUUAGUGAAGGAAUUGUGGCUUGAAGAUGUCUUCGCCGCAGCCGGGAAAGGCCACGGAGGCCAGCAUGGUGGCGAUUAACAAGAACAUCGUGGAGCUGAAGAAGAAGAUCCUGCUGGCGGAGGGACAGAGGAAGGCGUACAAGGGUGAAUGGGAGGAGGAGCAGAAGGGAAAUUCGGAGAAGAUUGCCGACCUCAAGAAGAACAUCAAGGAGCUCACGGUGAAAUUGAAGUACUUGAAGACGAAAAAUGCCCAAAAGCCGCAGAAUCAUGAGACUAUCAAGAAGCUGGAAUUGCCGCCAGGAGCGAAGAAUGCUGAUGACGCCGUCCACGUGCUGGAUCUCAGAGUGAUUGACCUGAAGAAGCAGACAGAUCUCGUGCAUGAUCACUACGUGAAGCGCCAGAAGUUCUUUGAUCGCCUGGUGGAGGAAUAUCAGCGUCUGUACGUGAGUAAGAACAAGCUGGCGUCCGAAAACUCCGUCCCGGCGUCAGAGACUGUGGAGGAGGAUCAGAAUAGACGCCUUAUUUGCCAUCUGGAGAAUGAGAUUCACCGCACAUCCGUGCAAUGGAUGGAGGCGGAGCACAUCAGGAAGAAAUACCGCGCCAUCAAGGCAUCUCUCAUGACGGAUGCCGAGAACUUCGAGUCGAAUCUGCUGGAGCUGGAGCAAGCCAUCACGGAACAGCAGGCAGAGAUCGAUAAACUGCACCAGGUGAAUCAGGAGGCGCUCCAGAUGCGUGACUCCACGAAGCUGGUGCUGCAGAAGCAGGAGCAGGCGGCCUCGAGCUCCAACAGGGCCAGAGAGAAGCAGGCUCAGGACUUCCGCAGGCAAGUGGAUGAGCGGAAAAUGGAGCUGGAACGCCUGGAGCGGAGAAUCUUCGCCACAGGGAAAACACUGGUGCAUCAGGAGAGUGCCGGAUCGGGAUCUGGUGAUGCUCAAACCGGGAAAGGUGCCCACGAUACCGAUCCCAGUGCUCACGCCAAGGAGAGCACGAAUGCGAUGGACUUGGCGUUCAGGAAGCUCAUGGAAUCCACAGGAGCCACCGCGACUAAUGAAGUUCUGGGACGUUUCCUGGCGCAGCGCGAGGCCACAACGAGAUUGGCGUAUCUGCGCAAUGUCACAGAAACCUCCAAGAAAGAUCUGGAGACUCAGAGGGACGCUCUCUCGUCGCAACUGGAUGAAUUCCGCUUUGCUGACAUCAAGGAGAACGAAGUGAAUCAGGAAGAAGUGGAGAAACUCAAGACGAAGAUCGUUGAUCAGCAGAGCAAGGAAGUCGCUUGCGAUGGCGCUUCUGAGCACACUCGCAAGGUGUCUGGGUCGAUCAAGGAGGGUCUCUUUGAGUUGCUGAUGAAACUGAGGGAUUUGGAUGAGCUUACAGAUCAGAACAUUUGGAAGAAGACCACGGAGAACAUUGAUAACUUUGACUUCUUCACGGCAGCAUCGAUUCCCAGUGAUUUGCUACUGAAAGUUCUGCAAGACAGCCUAAAGAUGGUGAUGAAGCUGCACGGAGGGCAGGAAAUUGACCGAGAAGUUGUGGAGGAGAAAACUGACGAGGCCGAAGAGAGAUCCAUAGAAGAUCUCUCAAUUCCUCUGCAUUCGCCAAUUCCGCCGGAGGAAAAGGAGAAGCCAGCAGCUUUUCCCGCUUGCUACACAAAUCUAUUCGCUAAUCGUGGUACUGGCGGUCAGACCACGUCCAUUUCUCCUGGUCAGGCAACGCAAACUAUCACUUCGGAUGACGAGGGUGACGUGCCGUCGCGGCACUACUUGAAGCGUCAAGCGCAGCUCAUCAUCGACUCCAAGUCACGCAGGAAGGGAUUCCGCGUGCAAUUGCCGCGCCGGAAGUAGACAUGAGCGCACUGAGCAUUCGC